UGCGUAUAGACUUGGCGAUUGAAUGCCAUUUUUUACUCAAAUACCGAAGCUAUUGUGUUUUGGUUGGAUUCAUUUCAACUGAUCACGGAUAACACUGUCGUUGUUAUUAUCGGACGCUUCUUUGUGUGUAGUCUGCAUACUUUUCGUUAUUGGCUUUCGAAUGCUGCAAUCUUCUUCCGUGUUACGCUUUUCGACGUUUGCGUUGAACCCUGAGACGUCAAGGGCCCCGCAUGGCCCGCCGCGAGGUCUCAUUAACCGAUACAUCUCCAUGGGGCUCCCUCCGUGGGCGGCCUGGUGCAAUAAAGUGAAUCGCUAUUCCCUCUACCGGAUGGCAGAUGUGAAACCGCGGUCUUUUCUCCCAAAGUACCCACAAGAGAUGGAUGUUAUCUGGCUGAAUGAGCGGGUGCGGGAACGGGUUCGGACGUCGCGGCAGGUGCAGCACGUUUACCGACAACUCAAGUACCCGUAUGUGAAGACCGGCAUCCAUUACAGCGAUAUUCUCGACCACUGGGUGCAGGUACCUAUGGUAGAAUCUGCUAUGUACGAGGUUGAAAAGGAUGGUGGAUUUGAUAACUUUAUUCUAAAACGCUCAGGCCCCGAGCUAUGCUCAACCUAUGGAGAGCGAAUUCGACGUCAUUUGCUCGUCCGCCAAAAAGAAAUAAAAAAGAACUUCGUCCUAGAUCAGCAUGCCAAGGCGCUUUCAGAAGCGGUAUUCAAGGAACUAGUUAAGACGAAAAACGAGGAGGAACUAGACUCAGUUCUUGCCAAGUAUGGCAUAGACCGCGAGCGGUUUAAGCGUUCUCUGGCAAAGUUCGUGUUAAGUGAGAAAAAGCAGACUAGUCAACCUCAAGCGGCCUAGUCUUUCUGUAGAAUAGGCUUUCGAAGGAAAAAUGACCGAUAAAACCUUAUCUAAUGCCUCAUUGCCUUUCUUCUUGGCAACGGCUCCUAGAGUUGUUCGCGAUGCAUGUCUGAUGAG